AUGUCUGGCGAACACGAGAACGGAAGCCCCUCUGCUGGCGGCCAGGAUGCCGCGCCCGCCGUCGAACACCUGAAUAUCAAGGUCACGGACAACAACAAUGAGGUCUUCUUCAAGAUCAAGCGCUCCACCAAGCUCGACAAGCUUAUGACAGCCUUCUGCGAGAGACAAGGAAAGGCUAUGAACUCUGUUCGAUUCCUCUUCGAGGGUCAGCGUGUGCAGCCGACAGACACUCCAGACACUUUGGCCCACCAGCUCGAGAUGGCGGAUGGAGAUACCCUUGAGGUGCACCAGGAACAGGUUGGCGGUUCCUCCUAG